UGGAAAAAUCCAUCUACACUUCGGUGUCGUGAUUGCCUACCACACCCCUUCUUUUGUGAAAAAUGUGAUGUGAUGAUGCACACCAGACAUGUCUUCCACAACAGAGAAACCAUCAUAGCUGGGUUCUUCCAGCCAUUACCUCCAACUACCUAUGUUUUAAAUUCAACUCUUUGCAAUGAUGCACAAUUCGUACCUGUGGAGAUCCCAGUCAGAAUUUGUGAUUGUCCAUCAGAGUGUUUGAAGAUCAAACCAGGAAAGGCAGUCACUGUGGUCAAAAUCAAUGGUCGUUAUGAUCUCAGCAUGCCAGAGCUGGGUUGUGAGGGAUGUGAGGCUAGUUGGACAUGUGGAGUACAUGACCUAAAUUUAACUGAUUACUGGCCAGCUACCCUUCACUUUUCCACUCUAUAUGCAACUGAUGUGCUUUUUACAUUUGAAGAAAUGAAGAUGGCAGCACCAGGUCUCUCCUGUCAAGCAUUUCUAAAAAUGUUGGACCAACGAACCAUCCGCUUUGGCCGUACAGGAAAGAUCUCGGCCGAAAGCUUCCUGAAAAGUUUUUUCGAGUGGGAAGCUGUAAGAUAUGAGUUAGAUAAAAUGUUAAGGAAGGAUCCCUUCAAAUGUCAAGCUUGUACCCCAGAUAUGCUUGCACGUUCAGUGGAUGGAAACCGCAAGCAUUACCGUUUCAAGAAUGCAGCAGGGUAUUGUAUAAUGUGUGAAAUAUAGCAAUUCUUUGUAUAA